AUGGCCAGUAAUAGUUCAUACAUAGUUGUGCUUGUUUAUCCCAAUUGUCGUAUGAGAAAUGGCGACAACGGGGUGACAUUUGAGUGUGAGGAUCCGAUAUUGUUUCGCACUCAGCGUGUGGGGACGUUGUCAGAUUUGAAGAGUUUGAUAUUGAGCAAGUUCGGUGGUACACAAGCGAGGAAAAUUGGAAGGGUGGCGUAUAGGUUGCUGGCACCCAUGGGUAACAGAGUCUUCCGGUUUCGACUAUUCCGACUUCUAGGGGACGAGCAUGUGCGACUGAUGUUCGACAACCAUGGGAGGAUCAUGGUGGAGCAGGUAAUGGAGCUUUCAGCAGAGGUGGGACACAGUGGUGGUGGGAGUUCUGUACACUCGACCUAUGUACAGGACGACCGACCCCUCGCACCACCGCCCAUUCAUGUCGCCAUUCCAGUAGAUGAGGCAGAGGAGGGCGAAGAGGAGUCAGACGAGGAUUACGUGGCGGACAGUGCGGACAACGACUUGUCUGAAAGUGGGGAUGGGGAUGAGUGUGUUCCGGAGACACCUGUUCAGACUGUGGCGCGCCAUGUCCUGCCUCGACCUCACCCAAUUUCGGCGCUUUCGGCAGUUCCAUCUCAGGAUCACAGUCUGGAUCUGGACGCCAUGCAUGAGAGGACUCCGUUUCUUGACACGGGUGAAGAGGAUUACAACCUAGACAGCGGUGUAGAGUUUCGGGUCGGCCACAAUAUUCGGAGGAGUGCGGAGUACCGGGUGAUCGAAUCGGACCCGUUAAAGUACCAUGUGCAGUGCCAUCAAGCUGAGAAUAGGUGUCAAUGGAGCCUCCGUGUGGCCCUUCGGCAGAACCGCGGAUACUGGGAGGUUCGGAGGGUGGGUGGAGUGCACAGUUGUCUAGCACCCACCAUGUCUCAAGACCAUCAUCAGUUAGACAGCAGUCUGAUCUGCAGGGUCAUCUUGUCGUUGAUUCAGUCCAACCCCUCUGUAAGCAUUCCGAUUUUGCAAGGUGCGGUCCAAGCAAGCUAUCACUUCAAACCAUCCUACAAAAAGGUGUGGAUGGCCAAGCAGAAGGCAAUUGCACCUAUAUACGGGGAUUGGGAAGAGUCGUACAAUAAGGUUCCAAAGCUGCUUCAGGCACUGCAGAGUUGUUUUCCUGGUACCAUUUGUGACCUACGCGUCAAACCGUUCUAUAAUGGAUACCUCAUGGUACGCGACUGCAGCAUGUUCGACAAGGUAUUUUGGGCUUUCCCGUCAUGUGUCGAGGCCUUCAAAUAUUGCAAGCUGUUUGUCUCUGUAGACGGUACGCAUCUGUAUGGCAGAUACGGUGGUGUGUUGCUUAUUGCGGUGGCGCAAGAUGGGAAUAGCAACAUCCUGCCUAUUGCUUUUGCCAUUGUAGAGUCCGAGAGCACCGAGUCAUAG